AUGAAAUGGGACACAAAUAGUGACGUUUUACUGUAUCCGGUCAGAAACAUACCAAAUACCCAGAUUGUAACAAAGAGAGAAAUAUUGCAGCAUACAUCUCGAAUCUAUGAUCCCUUGGGUUUACUAAGUCCAGUUACCAUCAGAGCUACAUUACUUCUACAGGAGUUAUGGCAACAGAAGUUUGAAUGGGAUAUGUCAUUACCUGACAGUAUUCAAGAAAAAUGGCGUAGUUUAAUAACAGAUUUGAAUUCCGUGACAAAAACUACGUUGCCUAGAUACUACUUCGAAAAUACAUUAAACGCAUCAAGUAACACGUGCAUUCACAUAUUCUGCGACGCUAGCUUGGUAUCGUAUGGUGCUACGGCUUGCAUCUGUAGAAACAACCAAUCUUCUCUGUUAAUGGCUAAAAUUCGGGUUGCUCCAUUGAAGAAGUUAACGUUACCUAGGUUAGAGCUAAUGGCGGCAGUAAUUGGAUCCCGACUCAGUAAACAUCUGCAGCACAACACCAGCAUAGCACAGAUAUACCUUUAG